UCAAAACAAACAAAUAACCUUAAAGAUAUAACCUAUGUUUUACAUUCUUCAUUUAUAAAUAAUUACGUUAUAGUAUCAUGUACAUAACUAUUAUAAUUUUAAGAUUCUGAAAAAAAACUGCACUAUGAAAGCCAGAUAUCUAGCAUUCUUUUCAUAUAUAGGAACUCGUUUCAGGUCGUCGGAGAAGUUGUGGUUAAAAAACAAAAAACACUAUCCAGAUCCAGAGAGUGUGCAAGGAAUAACUGAAAUUGGUCUGCUGAAAUUGAAGUCAUUAAUCUAUCCGAAUUUUGUUUUGUCUAGCCGAACAGAUGGAGGUGUUCAUGCCCUGAACUCAACAGCUCACUUUGACCUUGAACGAUAUGGCUCCAAUAUUUACAACCCAUACGACAUAACACACCACCUCAAUAAAUUCUUCUACAAAAAUGAUAUAAGCAUAUACAUGAAAAGAUGUAUUAGAGUUUCUGAUGACUUUGAUGCCAGACGCUGGGCUAUUUCCAGGAAAUACUUAUACAGAUUUGCAGUUCUGAAAAAAGAUUUACCUGAACAUGAGCAUAUAGCAACACUCAUUCCCAUUGAAGAAUGGAAAAGAUGUCAUUUUCUGAGAUUAAAAAAUUUUGACAUCGAAAAGUUCAAAGAAGGUGCGAAAUAUUUCCCCGGCUACCAUGACUUUACCACUUUCAAGAGGUUCGACAAGCUGACUCAGCACAAACACAACCGACGGCUGCUGUACUCUGUGGACGUGAGGCCCGGGGCGAGUCGGACCGUGACUGAGGGCAGGGACAAUUGUUUUGAUUACUGGGAAGUCGAGAUCAAAGGACGGGCAUUUGUACACAAUCAAAUCCGCCGCAUGAUAGGUGCACUAAUGAGCGUUGCCAUUGGUAAAAUACCACCGGAGGAAAUAAAGGUGAUGCUGCAGGUGCCUUCCAAGAACUCCUGGUACAGCUUCAUGGCGACGGGACCUCCGGACGGUCUGUACUUGUGCGACGUCGAGUACAAUCCUGAAGACUUGGUAUACAAGGAGGAAAGUGUCGAUAAAACUGAAGAAUUGGAUGGUGAUAGUGAAUAA